AUGUUCAUGGUAUUUGAGGAUGUAAAGCGACAAGUAUUUCUUCGGGAAACAGCUAUCUCAACGGAGUGCAGAACAAUUGCUCAAAAUUCUGAUUUCAGUAGGAUAGAUGGUGAAACUGUGGAAACGAACGAUACCAUACGAUUAUGCAAUGUGCCUAUUGUUACCCCAACUGGCGAUGUCAUCAUCCAGAGUUUCAAUUUGGAGAUUUGUAUCGGCAUGCACCUAUUCAUCACAGGCCCAAAUGGUUGCGGCAAGAGUUCACUGUUUCGAAUUCUGAGUGGCCUGUGGCCAUUGUACGGUGGACGUUUGGAACGACCACGAAAAACUGAGAUGUAUUAUUUACCGCAGCGGCCUUACAUGAGCUUUGGAAACUUACGAGAGCAGGUU